AUCCAAAAACAUAAUGUCCAUAUCAACCCAAAUUAACCUCUGCAUCCUCACAAUCCUCAUCUUCAGUUUCCCCUUAUAUGGAGAAUCCCAAACCAGUAGUAUCAAUCCAGAAAGAUCAAUUCUUCUUGAUUUAAGGAAGCACUUCUCAAAUCCACCAAACAUCUCCCACUGGACUUCAUCAUCAGAUCAUUGUACCUGGCCGGAAAUUACCUGCCGAGAUGGAGUAGUCACCGGAAUUCAACUUGGUUGGCUUCUAAUCAAUGAUACAAUCCCACCCUUCAUUUGUCACCUUAAAAAUCUAACUUUUCUUGAUCUCAACCACAACUAUAUCCCGGGAUCAUUUCCUACAGUUCUGUACAAUUGUUCCAAACUUGAAUACUUGGACCUUUCUUUUAACAACUUCAGUGGCAUCAUCCCCGGUGAUAUUAGCCGGCUUUCGCCCCAUCUUGAGGUGUUUAAUCUUUCUUCUAACUGGUUCGUGGGCGGCAUUCCAGCUGGAAUUUCAGGCCUGAAAGGGCUAAAAGAACUUCAGCUAGCUGGAGUGGUUUUAAAUGGCUCUUUCCCUUCAGAGAUUGGCAACCUCCUGAAUCUUGAAGUUCUUGUUCUGAGCCAGAAUAGUUUCUCACCACAGGAAAUCCCACCAAGUUUUACCCAGUUGAAGAAACUGAGAAACUUGUGGAUAAAUCAGGCAAAUUUGGUUGGAGAAAUCCCGGAAAAUAUCAGUAACAUGACAGCCCUUGAAUUCUUAGACUUAUCAGUGAAUAACAUAAGUGGAAGCAUCCCAGUAGGUCUUGCUAGGUUACCGGCGUUGAGGGAUGUUUGGCUAUACACAAACAAUCUUUCAGGUGAAAUCCCAAUGGUCUUUGGCCAAUUUUCAAAGCUUAAUACAUUUGAUGUAUCCACAAACCAUCUUACAGGAUCACUACCAGAGGGUUUCUGUGCUAACAAGAUAUUGUCUAGUUUGAUUGUCUUUAACAACAAUCUCACAGGCCAGCUGCCAAAAUCACUGGAGAAUUGCAACACUUUAAUUAGUGUCAGUGUCAGAAUCAACAAUCUUUCUGGAAUAAUUCCUGAAGGUUUAUGGACAGCAAGGAAUUUGAACAGGUUGUUGAUGAACAAUAACCAGUUCACUGGUCAGCUUCCACAGAAGAUUGCAUCAAAUUUAACUCUGGUUGAUAUCAGCAACAACAGGUUUUCAGGUGAAAUUCCAACUGGGAUUUCUUCUUGGAGCAAUCUUGGGGUCUUCAUGGCAAGCAAUAAUCUUUUUACUGGUAACAUCCCUCAACAACUCACAGCUCUUCAAUUUUUAUCAACUCUUUUGCUAGAUGGGAAUCGCCUUUCUGGAAAUUUUCUAUCAAAUAUUACCUCUUGGAAGUCAUUGGACACAUUGAAUUGCAGCAGAAAUCAGCUUUCUGGCAAUAUCCUUCGAGAACUUGGCCUUUUACCAAACCUUGUUCGGUUAGACCUGUCUGAAAAUCAAUUCUCUGGAGAAAUCCCAUCUGAAAUAGGACGUUUAAGGCUAUCAGCACUCAAUCUGUCCUCUAAUCGCCUUUCGGGCAAAAUACCAAAUGAACUAGAAGUUGCAGCUUUUAACAUGAGCUUCUUGAAUAAUCCCAGUCUUUGUGCUGAUACCCCCUCGUUACACCUCAGGGAUUGUAAGUCAAACGACAAAAGUUCGGGCGAAGUUUCAGUCAAAGUUAUUGUUAUUAUUCUUGGAACUAUAGGAGCAUUAUUACUUCUAGUGGCCAUUCUAUAUAUAUGGUAUUCAUUCAGAAGUAACAGAAAAAGGAAGAAAAGUAUGGUUCCAAAUUGGCAGUUCAAAGCAUUCCACACCUUAAGCUUCACAGAAUCAAACAUUUUACCAAAUUUAGCAGAAGACAAUGUGGUUGGUAUUGGGGGAUCAGGAAAAGUGUAUGUGGUGCCAUUAAGUCAGUCCUCUCAUGAAAAAGUUGCGGUGAAGAGGAUUUGGAACAACCAAAAGUCGGACGAGAAGCUUGAGAAGGAAUUUAUAGCAGAAGUUGAGACACUGGGCACGAUUCGCCACACCAACAUAGUGAAGCUCCUUUGCUGCAUCUCAAGUGAAGAAUCAAAGCUGCUUGUAUACGAAUACAUGGAAAAUCACAGCCUGGAUCUAUGGCUUCACCCGAAGAGAAAAUCAGCUGGCAAUUCGGGUUCAUUUCAGAGACAAUUAGUCCUUGAUUGGCCUAAAAGGAUUCGUGUCGCGAUUGGAACUGCUAAGGGGCUCUACUAUAUGCAUCACUACUGCUCGCCACCCAUUGUUCAUAGAGAUGUGAAAUCCAGCAAUAUACUUUUAGAUUCUGAGUUCAAUGCCAAAAUUGCAGAUUUUGGUCUAGCCAGAAUGUUGAACAAGCAUGGACAGCCCAACACAGUUUCAGCAGUUGCAGGUUCUUUUGGCUAUAUAGCUCCUGAGUAUGCACAUACAAGGAAAGUAAACGAGAAGACUGAUGUGUACAGCUUCGGAGUGAUCCUUUUGGAACUGGCAACAGGAAGGGGACCAACUGAUGGAGAUGACGACAAGAGCUUGGCGGAUUGGGCACGAUACCACUUCCAAGAAGGAAAUCCCAUUGAGGAUGCUCUAGAUGAGAAAAUCAAGGAGCCAAAGUACUUGGAUGAGAUGCAUAGUGUAUUCAGACUAGGGGUCUUCUGUGUUGCUACAAAACCUUCAGAAAGACCCACCAUGAGAGAGGUGGUGCACAUCCUGGUGCAUUACAACAAUAAAUUGUUGCCUGAUAGGAACAAGAUAAGCCGAAGCAAGAGCGAGGCUUCAUCACUGCUCAAAGCAUUCAAAGGUGGAGAUCAUGGUUUAAUGCCAUUUCAUGAAGUUUGAAUAAAGAUGGAACAAAUGAUAGCAGCAGGGCAACUCCAACCACGCUAGAGUCUUAAGAAAUGCACGUCAGUAGCGACUAUCGGAUUUUUAGUAAAUCAAAAUAAGGGCAUCCUCAAUAGUGGUAGGAUUUUGAGGAGAUUUUACAGGUGUGACUAAGAAAGAGAAAUGGGUGAAAAGGAAAAAAGAAAAUUAAAAAAAAAACAAAAAAUAAAAAACAAAAUCGAACGCCGUCGUUGAACACCACAGCCCCGCACGUCUCUGCCAAUCGAUAGCCGUCGACGAACGUCACAGCCGCACGUCUCCGCCAAGCAUCGCCGGACUCACCUCGCCGCCACAGCCCGCUGUACAUCGACGGCUCGCCGCUGCUGCUUGCUGGACGUCGACGGGCGCUCGCCGGUGUAUGGAUUCAGCAAAUGAUGACGGUACUACACAAGGUACUCAUACUACUCAAAGUAGUAAUACUAUUUCUAAGACGAGGGGUGUCACUCGUAUGCAAAAACUCAUUCUGCAACGUUCUACUUUGGGCAAAUACGAAAUUGAGCUUGAUGGAUUGGAGGCUGUCUACGGGCCAGCUGGUAGUGCAUUUAAAAAUUAUGUUGCAUUAGUGGGACGAAUCAAUACUCCUAUCACAAUAGAUGAAUGGUCGAAUGUCCCAAAAAAUACUAAGGCUACUAUUUGGAAAGAAAUCCUGAACACUUAUGAUAUUCCUGACACAAUUGAUAUGAGGAGACAUUGGAUAACCUAUGUGAGUGACCGGUGGAAAGAUUUUAAAACGAAAUUGGUGAGCAAGUAUAUAUACGGUUCUUUUGCAGG